CUCAGUGGUGCAUGAGGAGAUGGCAAGAACAUGAAUGAAAUAUGCAUGUCUACCUAAAGGAAAAAAAAAAUUACUGCCCCAUUUAUUAUUUUCACCACUAUAGUAACUAACAGCCAAGUAGAUAAAAGCUGAAUGCAUACAUCCCAAGCUGCAUGCAGUGGGCUAUAUCAUAAUACCACGCCAGUAUAUGUUAUGGAGGAAGCUCUAGCUAAUAACCAAAAGCUCCAUGCAAGGAAAGAAGGAGCGCAGCAGCAGCAGCGUCCUGCUCUUUCCUUCAGCCGUUUUUUUGAUGGAGGCGCCCUUCAGUCCGUUCUGCCCAGGCUUUAAGGGAGCAGGUGCAGGAAAAAGGGGUUAAGCACCAUUACGGACAAUUAGCUUCGCAAUCUGAUUUUAUAGUAGCGGCGAAACGUUUAUUUCCUCCCCCUCCCCGUGUGGCAAGAAGAUGGUCGCCAAACAGAGGAUCCGAAUGGCCAACGAGAAGCACAGCAAGAACAUCACGCAGAGGGGCAACGUGGCGAAGACCCUGCGACCACAAGAGGAGAAAUAUCCAGUGGGACCAUGGCUUUUGGCUCUCUUUGUAUUUGUUGUCUGUGGAUCAGCCAUCUUUCAAAUUAUUCAGAGCAUCCGAAUGGGAAUAUGAGUCCUGCACCUUCUCUACACAUUCAGAGGAUCUGGGCCCAUUAGGCACAGUAGAAGGGAAACUGGAGGCUGCAGUUUUGAUCGUCAGCUGUACGCUAAGGAACAGAGCCCUGUGCACAGUACAUGACAUUGCCAUUCAGCUGUUUACAAUGUACCUGGAUGACAGGAACAAGUGUUUUUUCUACUGAACCAUUGUGGCUGGCUUUGCCUCCUUAUGUCUUAUCAUGGAUCAUUUUUGUGCAAUAGAAUGUGUGCUUUUGUAACCAUUAUUGUUGUGCCAUAUUUUGUUUGUAAAUGUUCUGUUUGGUGUCCCGCAAGACCGUUUUCAAAAUAAAAUUCUGCACAUUUGGGAAA